CCGAACGCUGAAAUUUCUGUGAGCAUCAAAAGUUGUGAAAACUUAGUUGAAUAUAUGAAUGGCUUAAAGAAGGUUUUACAAAAAGCAUCUUGUAAAAUGAAGCACUUUAGUAUCAUUGGCAUAAUUUCUGCAAUAAAAAUACGAGUUGACAUGAAUACGUUUUUGAUCUAUUUAUUCAUUCAUCCACUCAUCAUGGAGAGUGAUGCAACAAUGCCGGCAUUCAUUGGUACAUUCAUAAAUCCAUUCGUUAAUCUUCUUUCAUACGUUGGGUUUCCGGUGCAAAAACAUGAUUAUUUUGAUGCAGAAAUUAUGGCUGACGUUCGACAAGUAAACGAGUUUGAAACUCCUGCUAAAGUUGAAGAAAUUGUUGAUGCAAGCGUUAAUUCGAAUUAUAAUCGAAACGAGCAAUUUGAAUGUGGACCAGAAAUACCAAUUUUAUUACUCAACAAUGGAAAACAAAGUCUUAUUAUGAGAUCAACCGAUGGAAGUAAUGUCAUUCAAUGGAAUCAAUAUAAAAAGGUUUCGGAAAUGCGAAUCAAAACAAAAUAUGGCGUUGAUGAGAGUUUGGCAGAAUUUUUGGCUCAAGUUUCACAAAUGAAAGAAAGUAAUACGCCAAAGCGUUAUCGACCUAUGCCACCAACUAUGGUUCAAGGUAGUUGGAAUGAAACAAUCACACAGCCAAUUGCAAACAAACAAAUCAACCGCGAAACUUCUAAAACUGCGCAAAGUACAUGCAAUCAAUGUGAUGAUGAUGCAGAAACAGAUGUUAAAAAUAGACCACACUUUCCGAUUUCGACACCGACAUUUUACCAAUUUUAAGGCUUCGUCCUAUUUAAACAAUUUGGUUACGAAUGGCUUAGACAAUUGAAUAAACGAUUGCAUCAUUCUGAA